UCUUGGAUCUUGGAAUGUGUUUGCGCUUUUGACCCACGGUCACACGUUUUGCGGCGUCAGCGCUUCUGAGCUCGAUAUAAACUGCCUUCUCGUUACUCUCACCCUCUUCUGUCUGCCAAACCGUUCACCAGAACCAAACAACAACACCAGCUAAACAAAAUGACUUCUGCUCAGCCAAUAUUCACGAAGGGAGAGGACUGCAAGCCCUCCUGGCACGACGCUAACGCCGGUUACAAUGAGGCCGACACACACCUGGAGAUCAUGGGGAAGCCUGUGAUGGAGCGCUGGGAAACUCCGUACAUGCAUUCCCUCGCGACAGUUGCGUCCUCAAAAGGCGGCCGAGUUCUGGAGAUUGGUUUCGGCAUGGCCAUCGCCGCCUCCAAAAUAGAGUCUUUUCCCAUCGAGGAGCACUGGAUCAUCGAGUGCAACGAUGGUGUAUUUGCCCGCCUGGAGAACUGGGCCAAGUCGCAGCCUCACAAGGUCGUUCCUCUGAAGGGCCUCUGGGAGAACGUCGUUCCCACCCUGCCAGACAAUCACUUUGAUGGUAUCCUGUAUGACACAUACCCUCUGUCAGAGGACACAUGGCACACUCACCAGUUUAAUUUCAUUAAGGGUCAUGCUCACAGGCUGCUGAAACCCGGUGGUGUCCUCACCUACUGCAACCUGACCUCCUGGGGCGAGCUGCUGAAGACCAAAUAUGACAACAUUGAAAAAAUGUUUGAGGAGACUCAGGUGUCUCAUCUGCUCCAAGCCGGCUUCAAAAGGGAGAAGAUUAGCACCACCACCAUGGACAUUCUUCCACCCACUGAAUGCAAAUACUAUUCCUUCAAGAAGAUGAUCACUCCUACUAUUCUUAAAGAAUAAAGUCAGACGACACUGCUGCAGUCUUUUUAUACUCUAAUUUGCCUUCUUUCCCAACACUGUCAGAUUUUAAUAAACCUAACUCCAUCCUGGCUCAGUUUAUAGGUUGUUAUAUUCAUUUUAGUUGCUGAAACUUAUAAGCUGAUAUGUUGGUUUGAGCUGCUCUUUAGGGAUGUUUCAGUAAAACCUUGAAACAACAGACUGAAAGCAGCCUUUACACCCCACUCACCUGUUUCAGGUGGUAUAUCACCCAGCAUCCUUUCUGCCACGUGCAGCCCAGUUUUAGACCGAGCUGUAAAUACAACCCUGUUUGUUUUUAAAUGCUUGCACUGUUCUGAGAUGUUUUCUAGUCUGCAGAAUUGUUAUUUAUGUGAAACCCAACCGUAAAAUGCUAACUCAGUGCAAACACUCAGUGUGUUGUGUGUGUCAGGAGUGUGUUUAUCACAGCUGGCUGUAUAGGAAGUAUUCAGAUCCGUAAAUAGAAGAAUUGAUCCCAAUGAGGGGAUACAGACACAGCAGGUGCAUAAAAAUGGGCAAAUGUCACCUGUACAGCUGAAUACUUUUAACACGUUACUUACAUUGCAAAUGCUGCAUUAUGUGAUUAAAUAUGUGCUGAUUUACAGAAAUAUGCAAAUAUACACUUAAAUCAUGUUGCAAAUUAAACACUAGUGGGGUUUUUUCUCCACAAAAUCUCACUUUUAGAAACAUUUAGUCUCUUUUUAUGUUAAAAUAAAUAAAUAAAAACCAGUGAAAACAUCAA